AUGGAGUCCGUGAGUGCGGGUAGCGUGCAGGCAAUCACGGGCGCUAUUUUGUCGUACUCCUCUUCGGCGAGCGCUCCAAAUCUAGACCCUUUCGCCUUUAAGGAGGCUGCCCUCGCUCGUCUCAGGAAUGUGGCGGAGCCCCCGCAGCACCUGAUCGACAUCCCGCCUUCGUACGACCCGCAGUGCGAGCGGCUUAUACGUCCGCGGCCGCGCGCCGAGGGAUCGCUCCGCUGCGUGGUCCGGCUCCAGCCUCGAGAGAAAGACGUGCUCAUGCACGUCGAGGACGGCAAUGUCCUGCUGCUCGUCGCUCGGAAGGAGGGCAAGCACUGGCGGAUAGGCGAGCGAGACAGUCCCGCCUCGCCCUCCUCCCGCCUCCGGCCGACGCUCCCUCCUCCCGUGUCGGCCGCAGGAGCCGACCGUGCCUUUGCUUCGGCGAGCGCACUUGUGCAGCUGACGACGUGUGGCGGAGGCGCCUACUCCGUCGAGAGGGUCAACACGAUGGCUGCGCUGCUCCCCUUGGACGAGUCGGCCGAGGCGCGGGACGGCAGCGGGCGCGAGUGGCUGCCAGGGGAGGCCGAGUGCGCUGCUGCGCCAGAGAGGCCGCCGGGCGAGCUGCGAUCGCAGCUGCACGACGCGCUCGUCGGCCAGCCGACGCCAGGAGCCACUUUGCUGAUGACGAAGCUGCCUCGAUGGAACCCCUCAACGGACGCUUUCGAGCUGCCCUUCCACGGGCGCGCCAACCUGGCCUCCGAGCGCAACUUCCAGCUGGUCACCGCACUGCGAGGCAAGGUUGCCGCGGACGCGCCCAUCGUGCUGCUGCACGGAAAGUUGGACGAGGCGACGUACUCGCUCGACUUUCGCUACCCGCUCUCGCCCUUGCACGCCUUUGCCCUCGCGCUUGUCACUUGGGGCUGGUGACGUCUCGGAAUCUCGCUUGAGCGGCGGGCGGGACCCGCCGCGUCGCGCGUGCGGCGUGGAGUCCCGCGGCGCGCGAGAGCGGCGAGAGGCGCCUGCGUCUUUUUUCGAAUGCGUAACACUUUUUUGUU